UGCAAAAUGCCACACAACAGUUCAACCGGCGAUGAGCUGGGCAGCACGGACGAGGUGAAAGUGUUUAAGGACGAAGGCGACCGGGACGACGAGAAACUGUCUGAGAAUCUGCUAGAAGAAAAGUCUAGCCUGAUCGAUUUGACUGAAAGCGAGGAGAAGACGGUCAAAAAUGGAACAUCCCGCCAUGAAAGCUCUAACUCCCUGUAUGGCGGAAGUGGCGGAGGCAGUGGUGGAGGUGGAUCAGGUGGGAAGUUGCCACACGGAGCACCGCAUCCCGGAUUUAACAUGGGUUACAUCGUACCUCCCUACUCCUACCCUAAUGGCGCAGCAGCCGGGCUUCCGGUAUCGAUGGCAAACAAGAUGAGCUUGCCACCGUUCUUCUGCCAUAAUGGAGACCAUCUCUCUUCGCCCCCGCCAGCUCACUGUGGCAUCUUACCGUACCAGCUGGACCCGAAGACCAUGAGCCUGACGAGGCCGCCUCUGUACAGCUUUCCUACUAGCCAGUAUCCCUAUCCGAUGAUCAGUCCGGACAUGUUGCCGGUGCCAUCAUCCUGGCACUCGCCGUCACUCUACAGCCCGGCCGCCGGUUUCCGAACGCCCUAUCCUUCGUCGUUACAAAUCUACACGUCGCUGUCGAGUGAUUUCUAUCGCUACUCGCCGACCUUACUUCCACCCAGCAUCCAUCCAUCACAUCCAGUGCUAAAUCCGGGCCAUCCGGCGAUUAUCACGCCCGGUCCGAAGCAGGACAUUCCCGGCAGUGGUGGUGCAUCACACCGGGGAGGUGAUCGGCAGGGAGCAUCGAUCAAGCUGGAAUCCUCAUCGUCAGGGACUGAUCAUGAACCUUCGUCGGGACAUCACCAUCACCAUCGCUCUUCCUCCUCCUACCACCACCAUCGAUCGGGAGGAUCGCUCGGUGAUCAGCAUAGCAACAACAACAACAAUAACAACAGUAACCAUCACACGAACCACAACCAUCACAAUCAUCACCAAAAUCAUCACAACAACAACGGCAGUGGCGGCGGUGGUGGAGGUGGCCACAAGCACCAGUCGUUGGCGGAGCGUGAAGCUGCACUGGAGAAGAAGCGCAGCCACGUGAAGAAGCCGCUGAAUGCGUUCAUGCUGUACAUGAAGGAGAUGCGGGCAAAGGUGGUAGCCGAGUGCACGCUGAAGGAAUCGGCCGCCAUUAACCAAAUCCUGGGUCGAAAGUGGCAUUCACUGUCGCGCGAAGAGCAGAGCGUCUACUACGACAAAGCACGACAGGAACGUCAACUGCACAUGGAACUCUAUCCUGGCUGGACGGCACGGGAUAACUACGGGUACGGUGCGAAGAAAAAGAAGCGGAAAAAGGAUCGCAGUCCGGCUGAUCCUGGAGGGAAUAGUAUGAAAAAGUGUCGAGCACGCUACGGACUCGACCAACAGAACCAGUGGUGCAAGCCGUGUCGGCGCAAGAAGAAGUGUAUCCGCUACAAGGAAACAGGAGGCGGUGAUCGAGGUGACGGUAGCAGCGAUCGGGAGGGUGGUCGAGAUCGGGGAGAUGGUUCGGAUGACGCGAUCGGUAGCUGUGGCAGUUUGGAGGACGAUAGCAGCAAAUCACCCGGCGAGGAGGACGAAGAUCGCGAAUCGAUCAACCAGUCACUCUCCAGUCCACGGUGCCUCAGUGUGCUCUCGAGUCUACAAUCCCCUUCGACGAGUAUCGCCUCGCCGCUGAAUUUACUUGCAAGUCCGGCCACUCCAACAAACUUCUACCAUCAUCACGAUCAUCUCGGCCUAGCGUCAAUGAUCGCAUCCGCCCAACAGCAACAUCAGCACCAGCAGCAGCUCCAGCAGCAAUUGCAGCAGCACCAGCAGCAACAACAGCAACAACAUUACCUCCACCAGCAUCAUCACCACCAUCACCAUCACCACCAGCAGGCGGCGGCUGCGGCGGCGGUGGCGGCCGCAGCCCUACAGAACGUCAGCGACAAACUGAACAACAUCAGCAACGAUUCCGGCAUCGGUGGAUCGCAGCUCAACAACAGCUACAGCAACAACUUCAGCCCGUACAACAACCACCAUACGAUGCGCACUAAUUCGUCGUCCUCCUCGGCAAGCAAUGGCAACGGUGGCGGAGGCACAAACCUCAACAACAGCUCCUCUAGUGCGACCAACGGAACGGGGGGCGGGCUGGGGAAGAGCCCUACUGCCAUGCUGCUGCCACCGACACCUUCCACACCGACACUGGCUCCUCCAACGCCAUCCUCCUCAUCCUCUUCGUCUUCGUCAUCUUCGUCCUCUUCCUCAUCCUCGCUGUCGUCCUCGUCGUCUUCCACGCCCUCGCUCCAGAUACCGCCCCAUCUGCAGCAGCUAAAUCUAAAGACGUCCCCGCCUCUGUUGCCCAACACACCGCCCUCGUCCGGUGGUUCGUCCGUUUCGUCCACGACUGCGCUCACCAUCAAGGAGGAACUUCCCGACAGUAGUACCGGAAAUGGGCCCAUGGGCUCACCUUCGUCCGGGGCGCUUCAUCCCGUAUCGUCCUCCAGUCCACCGGUAGGACCGGGGGGAUUUCUGCUACAUCCCGCCCAUCACCAUCAUCAACUCGCCUCCCUCCACAACAGCAGCAAUCCCCUGCAGCUCGGCCAUACACAGCUACACGCGACCAGCAAAACCAACGGUGAUCUCUCCCCAACAACGACGACGGCAGCUACGACGACUGGAGCAACCAGUAGCAAUGACAACGCAGGCGUAGCAGUCACCAACGGCAGUAGUAGCCGGAGCAGCAGCAACAGCAGCAGUAGUCAAAUCGCUAGUGAUAGUUUUCCAUAUCUACGCUGUUGGUGACCCAACUGGGCAGUGCGUUUGUGAACGCACCGGUGGUCUUGUACAAUGCACGAGUCUU